AUGUUCGCGGUAGAGAGAUCUACUGACGACAUGUUUGGAGAUAGAUCGAACCUUAAUAACUAUGUUAUGGCAGCUUUUCUUGACCAAGUAGCAGAGAUUAUGGAUCCAAUACUUGUUGAGGAGAUCAACUUAGAGGAAGAGAUCACAAUGUUUGGAGUUGGUGUUGCUUGUUCAAAACACUCCCCAGGAGAUCAAAUGAACAUUAGUGAUGCUAUAUUUGAGUUGUACUCCAUCAAGGAUGCUAUUCUUUAA